AUGGCCGAAGCCAAUAAGAGGAAUAUCCCCAUCAAACUGGGCGACUUCAGCGUCAUCGAUACGGAGUUUAGCAAUAUUCGGGAAAGAUUCGAUUCCGAGAUGCGCAAAAUGGAGGAGGAGAUGGCCAAGUUCCGCCACGAGCUGAUGAACCGGGAGGCAAACUUUUUCGAGUCCACAAGCUCUACCAAAAAAACUACAACAACAACCAGCUCAACGACAAACUCGGCGCUGCCAUCGCGAAUCCCCAAGCAACAGAACUACGUGUCCGACAUCAGUUCACCCUUGAUACAGGAUGAGGGCGACAACAAAGUGCUAAAGCUCCGCUUCGACGUCAGCCAGUAUGCGCCCGAGGAAAUUGUUGUGAAGACCGUUGACCAGAAGCUAUUGGUACAUGCCAAGCACGAAGAGAAGUCGGACACAAAGAGCGUAUACAGAGAAUAUAACCGUGAAUUUCUACUGCCCAAGGGCGUGAAUCCCGAGUCCAUCCGUUCGUCCCUCAGCAAGGACGGAGUGCUAACAGUGGAUGCGCCGUUGCCAGCCCUCACCGCCGGCGAGACAUUGAUUCCUAUUGCGCACAAGUAAAGGCCAUCAAACCAUCCCAUCCCAUCCAAUCCCAUACCACCUUCCGGCGCGAGAGAUGAAGGAUCAGAUCAGAUCGUCACGCCGAUAAUAUUGGAUUAUCCUAUCAAAAUGAUUAACUUUUUUGGUUCUGACUUAAAGCUAUAAUAUGAUACUGACUUACUACUCAUAAUUAACUUAAAUGUAAUGCAAAUUAUUAUUAAAUUUGA